AAAAUUGCAAAGUUGACUGCUACUUUAUUAAACCCCGAGUAUUAUCAAUCAUUACUAGGAACAGUAAGCUUUUCCUACUCCGUACUCACCAUUACUACCUAAUCAUUAUUAUUAUUAUUUAUGUGUUUAGAUGAAAAAAAUGAAGAAUUUCAGGGUUUGACUUUUUGAAUAUCUGUCAAGAUCAAUGAAAUUUAGAUCUUCGAGAGAACCCAUUUCGAAUCAGGCCUUGAAUUUGAGCUACGAUGGCAAAGUUCAUGGUUUUGAUAUUGGUUUUGUUAAAAUUGGGGUUUUGGGUUGGUAGUGGGUCGGGUUCUGAAACGGGUCAGAAGGCACCGAACAGGAUCCAUACUCUGUUCUCAGUUGAAUGUCAGAAUUACUUUGAUUGGCAAACGGUGGGGCUCAUGCAUAGUUUCAAGAAGGCCGCGCAACCGGGACCCAUAACUCGAUUACUGAGCUGUACGGAGGAGGAGAAGAAGAAUUAUAGAGGUAUGCAUUUGGCUCCUACUCUGGAGGUGCCCUCCAUGAGCAGACACCCCAGAACUGGCGACUGGUACCCUGCAAUCAACAAACCUGCUGGAAUUGUUCACUGGUUGAAACAUAGUAAAGAUGCAGAUAAUGUCGAUUGGGUUGUCAUUCUAGAUGCAGACAUGAUCAUUAGAGGUCCAAUUAUUCCUUGGAAACUUGGUGCAGAGAAAGGCAGGCCUGUUGCAGCCUAUUAUGGGUACUUGGUUGGAUGUGACAACAUUCUGGCUCAAUUGCACACAAAGCACCCAGAACUCUGCGACAAGGUUGGUGGGCUUUUAGCCAUGCAUAUAGAUGAUCUUCGAGCAUUAGCACCCAUGUGGCUUUCAAAGACAGAAGAAGUACGUGAAGAUAAAGCCCACUGGGCAACCAAUAUAACUGGCGACAUCUAUGGUCAAGGUUGGAUAAGUGAGAUGUAUGGCUACUCAUUUGGUGCUGCAGAAGUUGGACUACGACACAAGAUUAAUGAUGACUUAAUGAUCUACCCAGGCUAUAUUCCAAGAGAGGGCGUUCAACCUAUUCUACUUCACUAUGGUUUGCCAUUUAGUGUGGGAAAUUGGUCUUUCAGUAAAUUGGAUCACCAUGAAGAUGAUAUUGUUUAUGAUUGUGAUCGGCUUUUCCCUGAGCCUCCUUACCCUAGAGAGGUAAAAUCUAUGGAAUCUGAUCCAAAUAAAAGGCGAGGACUGUUUUUGAGUAUAGAGUGUAUCAAUACUUUAAAUGAAGGUCUCUUAUUGCAACAUGCUGCGGAUGGAUGCUCUAAACCAAAAUGGUCAAAAUACCUGAGCUUUUUAAAGAGCAAAACUUUUGCUGAAUUAACUCGGCCGAAACUUCUUACUCCUGACAGUGUAAAAACUAAGGAGGCUGCAAAAGAGCGACAGGUUAUUGAUGAACCUCAGAAACCUCAUCCAAAAAUCCACACCAUAUUUUCCACAGAAUGUACUCCUUAUUUUGAUUGGCAGACUGUAGGCCUUGUGCAUAGUUUCCAUUUAAGUGGCCAGCCUGGAAAUAUCACACGGCUUCUCAGUUGUACGGAUGAAGAAUUAAAGCGGUAUACAGGCCACGAUCUGGCUCCUACCCAUUAUGUUCCUUCUAUGAGCCGACAUCCACUAACAGGCGAUUGGUAUCCGGCGAUUAAUAAACCAGCUGCUGUACUUCAUUGGCUUAAUCAUGCGAACAUAGAUGCUGAGUUCAUAGUUAUUCUUGAUGCUGAUAUGAUCUUGAGGGGUCCAAUCACACCCUGGGAAUUCAAAGCAGCACGAGGCCAUCCAGUUUCAACUCCCUAUGACUACCUUAUUGGUUGUGAUAAUGUGCUUGCACAACUCCAUACAAGCCAUCCUGAUGCUUGCGACAAGGUUGGGGGUGUAAUCAUCAUGCAUAUAGAAGAUCUCCGAAAAUUUGCUAUGCUGUGGUUGCAUAAAACUGAGGAGGUCCGGGCAGACAAAGCUCAUUAUGCCACAAAUAUCACUGGAGAUAUAUAUGAGUCUGGCUGGAUUAGUGAGAUGUAUGGUUACUCUUUUGGUGCAGCAGAGUUGCAACUACGGCAUGUUAUAAGCAGGGAGAUAUUAAUAUACCCAGGAUAUAUCCCUGAGCCUGGUGUUAACUACAGAGUUUUCCACUAUGGUUUGGAAUUUAAAGUUGGGAAUUGGAGCUUUGACAAGGCAAACUGGAGAGAUACUGAUGUGGUCAAUAAAUGCUGGGCUAAGUUUCCAGAUCCUCCCGAUCCUUCAACACUUAACGAGACUGAUGGAGACAUCUUACACAGAGACCUACUUAGCAUAGAAUGUGGAAAGACAUUAAAUGAAGCACUUCUUCUGCAUCACAAGAAGAAAAAUUGCCCUGAUCCUAGCUCAUUAUCCAACUCAAUUUCGGAUACAGGAAAAAAUGCUGUAAAUUCAAGGAAAUUUGGCAUAAUCGAUGAAAGUAGUGCCGUUAAGAGCAACCCUGUAACAAUAAUACAUUCUCAGGAUUCAUCCGUACCUGCUACAACAGACGGACUCUUCAGUUCUUUGAGAUUCUGGGUUAUUGUCCUAUGGGCACUUUCCGGUUUUGGUUUCGUGAUAGUCAUGUUCAUGGUGUUUUCAGGUCAUAGAAGUAAGGGAACCAGGGGAAAAGGUUAUAGAAGCAAGAGAAGAUCACAUACUGGUUUCUUGGAUAUGAAUGGCCGUGAAAGGCUUCUUCGCAAUGCUGAAUCAUCUUUAUAACCUUAAAUUGUAGUUCAAGUGAGUUAUACAAGACUGGACAUUCCAGCAUCAUGGUCUCAAGGAAACUUGAAGAAGUCGUAUAAUGAUACAGCAAAACAGUACUAAGAAUAUUUUUUGCAAGAGAAGAGAUGACACCACAUCAGAAAAGUUUUGGCUGUUCUUUCCACUGUUGUAACUUUUGACUUGUCAUUGUCCUCUCUCAAUGUGCUAAAAGAAGGAAAAUCUCAUGGAAACUGAAGGGAUGGCAAUUUUUCCAUUGUGACAACUGAGCAAUUUAGAAAACCUUUUUUAGUAAUUUUCGUUUUCCCUUCUAUUGUUAACAUAAGAAAAUUUUAUUUCAUUUUAAGUACAGAAAUGCUUGAUGAUA